AUGACGCCACCGCCGACGAUAUUCCACACCCUCCUCCGCCCCUGCGUCCUCCAGAUCCUGCGCGCGCAGGGGUACCACGCGACGCGGACCGCCGUGCUCGACUCCCUCACCGACCUGGCGGCGCGCUACCUCUACGCCCUGUGCCAGGCGACGGCGCACCACACGGCGCGCAACGGCGGCGAGGACGGCGGCGGCGAGACGCCGUCCGUCGUCGAGGUGCGCAUGGCCCUCGAGGACCUGGGCGCCGUGCUGCCCGCGCCCGCCUUUGAGGAGGAGCGGUUCCUGGGCCGCGAGGACACGCGCGGCGUCGACGAGUUCGUCGCGUGGGCGCAGGGCCCGCGCAACCGGGAGAUCAAGAGGGUGGCUCUGGACGGGGACGACGAGAACAAUGAUUAUCUCAGUGCUCUGAAGAAGAAGCACAGCAAGGCUAGCGAGGACUCAAAGUAUAACGGCACCGUGCUGGGUAAGGGAAACGAGCACGGAGAGAUUGUCGUCGAGGGGGGCCAGUUCGAGAGCAUAGCCAUGUGGGAGGAGCGGAGGAGGAGAGAGCGCGAAAAGACACCGCGCAUACCGUCCGAGUCACCCGAACCAGAGUCGCGGCCCCAAAGCUCAGGGCUGAGCUCGCUAGGUGACAGGAGCAUCGACGACGAUAUGGACCUCUCUUAG